AGGUCUCUGACAGUCUGAGUCUGACAGCUACAGCUUAUUUACAAAAGUUUCUUGUCGGUUUGUGAUCGAAAACUCUUGCAAAACUUGUGAAAUUUCUUACGGAAAACAGGAAAUAACACCUAACUUUUCACUUCUUACCGGACUUUGUAGUGUGCGCCUCGGAAAAUGACUGCAUUCGAAGAGUUUGGCGUCAUGCCGGAGAUUGGCAAAGCGAUCGAUGAAAUGGAGUGGAUGCUUCCUACGGACGUCCAAGCGGAAGCCAUUCCGUUGAUUUUGGGCGGCGGUGAUGUGCUGAUGGCCGCUGAAACCGGUAGCGGCAAAACGGGCGCAUUCUGUUUGCCGAUUUUGCAAAUUGUGUGGGAAACCCUGAGGGACAUCCGAGAGGGAAAAGCCGGCAAGGCGGUGGGCAAUAUGGGCAAACCGUGGACACUGUCGUUUACGGAUCGUGGCAAUGCGAUGGCCGUUACGCCGGACGGCUUACGUUGCCAGUCGCGGGAGUUUAAAGAGUGGCACGGCUGUCGAGCGACCACCGGUGUCCGGGGAAAGGGCAAGUACUACUACGAGGCUACGGUCACCGAUGAAGGCUUGUGCCGCGUUGGAUGGAGCACGGAAGGUGCAAAUUUAGAUCUGGGAACGGACAAGUUCGGAUUUGGUUUCGGCGGAACCGGAAAGAAGUCCAACUGUAAGCAGUUCGACAGCUAUGGCGAAGCGUUCGGAAAAAUGGAUGUGAUUGGAUGUAUGCUGGAUUUGGAUCGUGGAGAAGUCAGUUUUUCGAAGAACGGGGUUUCUUUGGGGUUGGCGUUUAAGAUUAACGAUGGCAGAUUGAGGGAAUCAAACUUCUAUCCGGCAGUUGUGUUGAAAAAUGCGGAGAUGUCUUUCAACUUUGGAGACACGGAUUUCAAAUAUGCCGUCCCUGAUGGGUUCGUGGCAGUUUGUAAAGUUGCGCAUGAUUAUUUAGCUGUCAAUCCGAACACGGGGAGCGAAAGUGCCGCGGACGAUUGCAAGCCUAAACCAAAUGCCCCACAAGCGAUUGUAAUUGAACCUUCGCGAGAGUUGGCUGAACAGACGUUCAAUCAAAUACAGAAGUUUAAAAAAUAUCUCAAGGAUCCAGAAGUGCGUGAAUUGCUGCUCAUCGGAGGAGUCAAUAUCAAGGAUCAAAUGGAAGUGCUACAGCGGGGUGUCGACAUUAUUGUCGGAACGCCUGGACGUCUGGAGGAUUUGAUCGGCAACGGGUAUGUGCUGUUGAGCAGCUGCCGCUUCUUUGUGUUGGACGAAGCCGACGGUUUACUGAAGCAAGGAUAUACGGAACUCAUUGAGCGUCUCCAUAAGCAGAUUCCAAAAAUCACUGCCGACGGGCGUCGUCUUCAAAUGGUUGUUUGCAGUGCCACAUUGCAUUCGUUCGAGGUGAAGAAGCUUGCGGAAAAAUUGAUGCACUUCCCAACGUGGGUCGAUUUGAAGGGAGAGGAUGCUGUUCCAGAGACGGUUCACCACGUCGUCUGCAUGGUCGAUCCCCAGAAGGACAACGGCUGGCAGUCGAUGCGAACGCAUGUUCAAACGGAUGGCGUUCACGCCAGGGACAACGUUCGGCCGGGUUCCAAUACGGCGGAGACACUGUCCGAGGCGAUCAAGAUGUUGAAGGGCGAGUAUACAUUGAAUGCCAUCAACGAGCACAACAUGGACCGGGCCAUCAUCUUCUGCCGGACCAAGCUGGACUGUGACAAUAUGGAGCGCUAUUUGCGGCAGGUGGGAGGCAACAGAUACUCGUGUGUUUGUCUGCACGGCGACCGUAAGCCGCAGGAGAGGAAAGCCAACUUGGAGAAGUUUAAAAACAAGCAGGUCAAGUUUUUGAUUUGCACGGACGUGGCGGCUCGUGGCUUGGAUGUUUCAGGCCUUCCAUUUAUCAUCAACGUUACCCUGCCGGACGAGAAAAGCAACUACGUGCAUCGAAUUGGUCGUGUCGGUCGUGCUGAGCGUAUGGGAUUGGCUAUCUCGCUGGUAUCGACCGUCCCGGAGAAAGUGUGGUAUCACGGCCAGUGGUGCGCAUCGCGAGGUAAGAACUGUUGGAACACCAACCUUACCGAUGUGAAGGGUUGUUGCAUGUGGUACGACGAGAAGAUGUAUCUGGCCGAAAUCGAAGAUCAUCUGAACGUGACCAUUCAGCAAAUUGACAAGAAUCUGAAGGUUCCGAUGAACGAUUUCGAUGGAAAGGUAACGUACGGAGAGAAACGACUGAAUACCGGCACCGGGUACAAGGAUCACGUGGAACAGCUGACACCGGUUGUUUUGGAGCUGGCCAAGCUGGAACGUGAGGCACAAAAUCUGUUCCUUAAGCGGAUGGUGGUACAUUAAGAAUGUGAGUAGGCAUAAACAUAAUCACCCCUAUUAUUGUUUACGGACGACCGAUACUUUAAAACGAAUGCGAUUCGUUCGAACCGUUUUCCCAUUUAAUUUUGCUGGCGUAAACGAAAAUGCGCAUCAACUAUCGUUCGAAAGAGCAUUUGUACGUAAACAAGAAUAUGGGUAAAUCUUUCUACUAGAUGUACAAUGCUCGUAUUUAUCGUAAUAUAUGCUCUCAUAUAAUUGACUGUAAACAUUGAA